GUGAAGUUCCGGAAGGUAACUGGUGUUGGAGUCCGUAGUAGUGUCAUUUAUUUCAAUGGUGUCGCUCAGUAGAACUCUAAUGAAGCCUAAAAACGUUUAGUAUUUAUAAACGUGAUUUUGUUUUCCCCCUCCCCGGAGAACUGAGCUGAAAGGAGUGUUUUAGCCAUGGCGGAGAGAGAGGAGCGGCGCUUUGCGGAGGUGCCGCGCGAAUCUGUGAAACUGAUGGCGGAAAGUGCGGGCGUGGAGCUUAGCGAUGAUGUCGCUGCGCUGCUGGCCGAGGAUGUGUGUUAUCGCCUGCGGGAGGCUACGCAGAGUAGCUCCCAGUUUAUGAGGCACGCCAAGCGCAGGAAGCUGACGGUGGAGGACUUCAACAGGGCGCUACGGUGGAGCAACGUGGAGGCCGUCUGUGGAUGCGGGGCCCAGGACGCCCUGCCCUUCCGUCCCAUAAAGGAAGGCGAGCUGUUCUUCGUGGAGGACCGCGACAUCAACCUGGUGGAGCUGGCGCUGGCCACCAACAUCCCAAAAGGCUGUGCGGAGACCAUGGUGCGAGUGCAAGUGUCCUACCUGGAUGGGAAAGGAAACCUGGAGCCUCAAGGUACAGUGCCCAGCGCGGUGCAGACUCUGUCUGACGACCUGCUGAAGUACUACCAGCAGAUCACCCGAGCCAUCCUCGGAGAGGACGCCCACCUGAUGAAGGUUGCUCUGCUGGAUCUCCAGUCAAACUCCAAGAUCGCAGCCCUGCUUCCGUACUUUGUGUACGUCAUCAGCGGGGUGAAGUCGGUGAGCCACGACCUGGAGCAGCUGAGCCGGCUUCUGCACAUGGUGAAGAGCCUGGUGCAGAACCCCUACCUGUACCUGGGCUCCUACGUGCGCAGCCUGGUGGCCAGCGUCAUGUACUGCAUCCUGGAGCCGCUGGCCGCCUCCAUCAACCCGCUCAACGACCACUGGACCCUGCGCGACUACGCCGCCCUGCUGCUCAGCCACAUCUUCUGGACUCAUGGGGACCUGGUGAGCGGCCUGUACCACCAGAUCCUGCUCUCUCUCCAGAAGGUUCUGUCCGACCCGGUCCGCCCUCUGUGCUCGCACUACGGAGCCGUGGUGGGGCUGCACGCGCUCGGCUGGAAGGCUGUGGAGCGUGUGCUGUAUCCCCACCUCCCUGCCUACUGGGCCAACCUGCAGGCUGUGCUGGACGACUACUCCGUCUCCAACGCCCAGGUGAAGGCGGACGGGCACAAGGUGUAUGGGGCCAUCCUGGUGGCGGUGGAGAGACUGCUGAAGAUGAAGGCGCUCUCCCUGUCCUCGCCGGCGGAGGGCGGGGCCGGCGGGCUGGCGGGGUCCGGGGGCGUAAUGGGGUUCAGGGAGAGCUCCCCGGGGCUGAGCCCCCCGCCGGAGUCCCUCUCCGAGCCCAGCCUGGGCAUCGCCAGCCACCUGCAGGCGGGGGGGGCCGGGUGCCCCUGGGAGGAGUGGACCCCCGUGCCCCUGCCGGCCAUGUACUGCGAGCUCUACUCCUUUUUCGGGGACAGUCUGGCUGUCCGCUUCAGUACGGGGCCCGGCCUGGGCGGUGGCGGCGGCGGCGGCGGUGCCCCCCCACCCCCGGGCCCCGCCCACCCGCCCGACCCCCGGAAGGAGGCGGCCGGCGGCGCUGCCAACAUGGACACCGCCCGCAAGAUGCCCCAGCUCACCGCCAACCUCAACAUCAGCCCCCGCCAGGACAACAGCCCCCGCACCGAGCCGGCCCCGCCCAGCCUGGCUGCCACGGCAACGGGCAGGUCUCUUCCUCGCUCUUCCUCCUCCUCCUCCUCCUCUUCCUCGGUCCAGCGCUCCAGGUCGUCGUCCUCCCGGCCGGGCCAGCGUGCGACGGGGCCGUCCCGCGACGUCUUCCCCAAGGCCCGCUUCGUGGCGCCCCAGACGGGGCCCCCCGCCUUCUCCUUCCUCAUCGGCGGCCGCCAGAUGGGCCGCCGUUGCCAGGGCCGACGCUUCCAGACCAGCUUCACCCCGCCGCCGCCCCUGGCGGCCCUGCCGCCUCGCACCUACGCCCACAAGCUGCCCGUCAUCGGCCGGGUGGGCCGGCCCGUGCGCCGCUGGACCUGCUCCCACUAUUCGCUCCACCUGCCCCUCUAAGCCCCGCCCACAUCUCUGAGCCCCACCCACCUGUCUUAGCCACGCCCACCCACGUACAGGAACAGACCGCUUCCCAUGUACUGCAACCCCGGGAGAAUAACAUAGCGGCAACUCAUUCUUAUCAUCACCAGUGUGAAGCUCCACCAAUCACAGGGUACAUUGCUACCAACAAUUUGAAGAACGCCAAUGGUAAUUGACCCACACCUCCACACCAGGCUAGAGCAUCCAGCCAAGGCCUUCCUCACAUUUACUGCCUGGCUAGAGUGGUUUCUUACUAAAUAACUUUAUUAAAAAAACAUUCAUGGUACUGUUUUCUAGAGUUUUCUUUCCUUUUCCCUAAUAGGCCUUGAGACAUGGUACAUUACAAACCACCAAUUUGUCAAUGUUUUGAACUGGCCAAGGCCAGAUGUUACAGAUCUUUUAUAGUGGACAGGGGUACAGGAUGAGUUUUCCAGGAUGGCACGUCAGUCUGUUCUGAUUGAUUGGUCAGUUUAUAUUUUUGCCCAUGAUUUAAUGGACAAAAAUCUGUUACAGCGACGAUGGACAAUGUACAUUGCAGCGGCGUAAAAUUAACUGAUGACACUACUAUGUCUGAGUGUGGAUGUUUUGACGUGUAAAUUCUUCUUGUGAAUCCUGUGUUAGGAAGAAACUUGGGAUAAAUGAACAGGUGAAUAUUUGUUUAGCGAUUUUCUUAUUUGUGCUUUAGUGCAAGUUUGUUGUCUUCUGUUCUGUUUUGAUAAAAUGGGGCUUUUUUACAGUGCA